AUGUCGUUAUGUAUUGUUCACUCGGAACCACUGGAUGUCAUGGAGUCGCUCGUGGCAGAUUUGGGCUUUGGAGCGAUUGAAAACAAGGGUGUGGAACGAAAAGAGUGGGAAAGUCCAUACGGCGAAGAGCAACUGCGUAAACGUAUUGAGGUGAGUGGAUUCUAA